UCUCUCUCUCUCUAAGUUUUAAAACAGUCUCACAGAGAGAGCAAAAGCUGAUCAGUUAAAGAGAAAGAGAGAAGUAAAGUGUAACAAUGGUUUCUAGGGAGAACAAGAAAGCGGGAGCAGUACUGCAUGAGAAGCUGCAACUUCUUCGUUCCAUUACUAAUUCUCACGCUCAAAGCAAAACUUCAAUAAUCAUAGAUGCAUCAAAGUACAUUGAAGACCUGAAACAAAAGGUAGAAAAACUAAAUCAAGAUGUAGAGGCUUUGGCACAAACUUGCAAUGACCAGAACCCUCUGCCUAUGGUUGCAGUAGAAACCCUAGAAAAGGGUUAUCUGAUUAAUGUAUAUUCAGAUAAGAGUUGCCCGGGAUUGCUUGUCUCCAUAUUGGAAUCAUUUGAAGAACUCUCUCUAAAUGUGCUUGAAGCUAGGGUUUCUUGCACAGACAGUUUUCGAUUAGAAGCUGUCGGAGGAGAAAAUGAAGAAGAUGGUGAAAGUGUUGAUGCUCAAGUUGUAAGGCAAGCAGUGGUACGGGCUAUUAAGAGCUGGAGUGAAAGUAUUAAUUGAUCAGUAAUUUAUAAACUACAAUAUCAUCAUAUAUGAUAUAUGUAUUGAUCUAUUUUGAAUUUAUGUUUCAAAAGAAUUUUCGGAACAACUAUAAUAUUUAUGGCCCCUAAGGAUAUAUGACCA